GAGAAGUCCAAUUGUGCUUAUUGUCGAGUUCAAGUAAAAAGAACCCGCCUUUCUCAACUAUUUGGCAGUAAAAACCAGGAGAUGAAGCAGAUUGGUAUCCAUACCUGAUCGGGGAAGAAAUAGCUCUCAAUUUCGUGCUCUCCUCAUGUUUAUAUCUUUGUCUUGGAGAGCUUGGACGCUAUUUCCAAGGAGAAAUCUGGCUCCGAGGUUUUUGUAGUACAAGCGGAGCGGAGAUGCUUGGAAAAUGAGAUUGAAUCAUGGAGGAAAUCACGGGCGCUGAGGGAUUCGGGAAGUAGCUCUGCUAGCUGGGCUAGAUCGUCGCCGUCUCAAAUUUUUGGGCUCCGGCGAUGUUCGCUCCGAGGAGGGUUGACGACGAAAUGGAACUCUGGAAGGAGAGGACGGUCAGGUUCUAUCCUGAUGAGAAGAAAAUCUUAGCUAAGUCUGCUCUCCAGCCUCCCAAAAGCGGAGGGAGCUUACCAACCAAAGUCAUUCCGACAAAUACUGCAGGGUCCAAGGUGUUUCCUGAGGGAAAUGUCCUUGAUCCAUGGCAAAAAUGGACACUUGAUCCAGGAAGUGAUAUAAUGGUAAAAUGGAAUCGCAUAUUCCUCAUAACUAGCCUGGUUGCUCUUUUCAUAGAUCCACUGUAUUUCUAUUUGCCCUCAAUCCAUAAUGGUGAUAGUUUGUCAUGUGUGAAGAAGAUGGACUGGGGUUUGUGCGUUGCAGUUACUGUUUUCCGGUCACUUGCUGACAUCGUCUAUGUGUUUCAUAUUGUGAUAAAGUUUCGAACUGCAUUUAUAGCUCCAAGUUCUAGAGUUUUUGGAAGGGGAGAGCUUGUUAAUGACCAUAAACAGAUAGCAAAAAGAUAUUUAAAGUCAGAUUUCUUUAUCGACCUGGCAGCUGCUCUACCUUUGCCACAGAUUGUUGUCUGGUCAGUUAUCCCUGUGGUUAAGCAUUCGAAUCCUCAGCAUAAUAACAACACACUUGCCCUUAUUAUUCUGUUUCAGUACAUUCCAAGGUUAUAUCUUAUAUUUCCACUGAGUUAUCAGAUUAUUAAAGCCACUGGCGUUGUUACAAAGACUGCUUGGGCAGGAGCGGCAUAUAAUCUGCUCCUUUACAUGAUUGCUAGCCAUGUUAUUGGUGCAGCGUAUUAUUUACUAACAAUUGAUCGUCAGACAACCUGCUGGAAAUUGGAAUGCGCAAAGGAGAACGGCACUAUAGGUGCAAAAUGCCACAUGAAGUUUCUGGACUGUGACUUUUCAAGCGACAUUGAUCAAAAGUGGGCAAAUAGUACUGCUGUUUUUGCAAAUUGCAAUGCUAGUGAUGAUAAUAUCAAUUUUAAUUUUGGCAUAUACGAGAAUGCAUUGACAACAGGGGCUGUGGCCACGGAUUUUGUUAGGAAGUAUUUUUAUAGUCUUUGGUGGGGCUUGCAAAAUUUGAGCACAUUUGGCCAGGGGUUGAUUUCAAGCACUUUCAUAGGGGAGACAUCGUUUUGCAUACUGAUAGCUAUUCUUGGACUCGUUCUAUUUGCACAUUUGAUUGGAAACAUGCAGACCUACUUGCAAUCUGUUACCGUGAGGCUAGAAGAGUGGAGGUUAAAGAGGCGGGACACUGAACAAUGGAUGAAGCAUCGACAGCUACCUCAUGAAUUGAAAGAACGGGUUAGACGAUUUGUCCAAUAUAAGUGGUUUGCGACACGAGGAGUGGAUGAAGAAGCCAUAUUACAAGCUCUGCCUGCGGAUCUUCGUCGAGACAUUCAACGCCAUUUAUGCCUGGACCUUGUUCGUAGGGUCCCCUUCUUCUCCCAGAUGGACGAUCAACUCCUUGAUGCUAUAUGUGAGCGUUUAGUUUCCUCCCUGAGCACUGAAGGCACCUACAUUGUUCGUGAGGGUGACCCAGUGACUGAGAUGCUCUUUGUGAUCCGUGGAAGGUUAGAAAGCUCCACCACCAAUGGUGGUAGGACAGGCUUCUUCAACUCUAUAACAUUAAGGCCAGGUGAUUUCUGCGGCGAGGAGCUUCUUUCUUGGGCCCUGGUUCCAAAGUCGACGGCCAAUCUGCCCUCUUCGACUAGAACCGUUCGGACUCUUGUCGAAGUAGAGGCUUUUGCUUUGAGAGCAGAAGAUCUCAAGUUUGUGGCAAACCAAUUCAGACGACUCCAUAGCAAGAAACUGCAGCAUACCUUCCGGUUCUACUCCCAUCACUGGAGGAACUGGGCUGCUUGCUUCAUUCAAGCAGCCUGGCGUCGUUACAAAAGAAGGAAGAUAUCAAAGAGUUUUAGUUUGAGCGAGUCUUUCUCUUCCAGAGCUGAAAGCCAAGCAACUCAGGAAUCUGAGCAGGAGGAAGAUGGAAGUCCAAGCUCGGCUGAAUCCUCACAACCUAAGCAAAACAUCAGAGCUAUGAUGCUGGCUUCCAAGUUCGCAGCAUAUGGUAGGAAAGGUGCUCAGAAAAGCAAAGCUAUUGAUCUGCCCAAGUUGAAGAAGCCUGAUGAGCCUGAUUUUUCUGCUGAUUCUUUUGAUUAAUGGGAAGUAUAUACUUGUAUUAAUCUGAAUCUCAUGCAAUUUAUUCCUUCUAUAUGAUGAUUCCUAUGUGUAGUAGGUGGAAUUCCCCUUGAAAGCUGAGGAAUCUGGCUAUGAGGUGAUUUCAAUAUGGUGGUUAGCAUUUUUAGUGAAGCGAUUGUAAGCAUAUAAACAAGUUUAAAUUGUAACUUAGUCUUUGUGCAAUCUUUGCCUGUUAUAGCAUAUAGCUCUAUCCUGGAAUUCCAAGAAAGAGCAGAAAAAAAUAGUGUUUUUGUUUGUAGUAUUUGGCGCUAUUCAUUGCUAGAAACUGCAACUAUUUGAAUUCCAAUAACGAAGAAACCUGCUUUAUCUC